AUGUCUCGUAAAGGCGUAGGCCUGGCGGCCUUUGACCGCUCGCGCCUCACAUCAGCGCAGUUCGCCUCUCAUGGCUCUUCCCUCCGCGCCAACAACGCCCAAGCUCUCGAAACCCAACUCGCCGUAUUCCGUUCCCUCCUGCAGCAGUUCGCCAACACGCACGCUCGCGACAUUCGCUCCGAUCCCGCAUUCCGCGCCCAGUUCGCGCGCAUGUGCGCUGCUAUCGGCGUAGAUCCCCUAGCCAGCAGCAACAGUAACAGCAGCGCUGACGGGAGCUCUAUAUGGGCGCAGUUGCUGGGAAAGACGGUCAACGAUUUCUACUUUGAGCUCGCCGUGCGCAUUGUAGAGGUCUGCGGCGCCACGCGGGGAGAGAACGGAGGUCUUAUCGGUCUGGCCGAUCUGAGAGAGCGCGUUGCUGCUGGGCGGAUGGACGGCGCUGACCCUAUCGCUGACGACGACGUUCGGCGCGCUGUGCAGACGCUUGCUCCGCUGGGCGGCGCAUACGCUGUUGUGCGUGUCGGUCGCAAGGAGUACGUGCGCAGUGUACCUCGCGAGCUCAACGAUGAUCAGGUUUCGGUUGUUGAGGCCGCGCAGGUCUUGGGAUACGUGAGUGUAGGCAUGCUGAGGGAUAAUCUGGGCUGGGAUAGAGCCCGCGCCCGGACUGUGAUAGACGAUCUUGUCGCGGGAGGCAUGUUAUGGGUCGAUAAGCAAACAAAGGGUGAAUGGGAAUAUUGGAGCCCCGGGUUCAUGGCCGAGGCAGCUGAUCCUGAGGAGGGAGGUUGA